AUGAGCUCUUACAACAGUGAUGAUUUCAACUUCUCAGCUCUGGACGAUUAUUCGCCGUGGAGGUCGCCGGUUCCAACGGGGUCUCCGGUUCCGCCUGCAGCGGGUGUGGGUCUAAGCCUGAACACUCCUUCACCGCAGUCUUCACUGGCGACACCGCCCCUGCGAGGGACCUCAGUCGUCGGGGUAGGCACCGCUGGCUCUGGCACGCCGCGCGCCAAUGUCACGGCGGGUGUCGGUAGCGCUGGUUCGGGGGCAUCACGCACCAACGUCACGACUGGAGUGGGUACGCCCAAUUCGUUGCGUCGAAUGGCAGGACGUUCACCCACAGUGACAGACGCCACACCUUUGGCACGAGCUACUCGAGGAAGGAAACGACCUAGACGCGUCCCACGUCAAAACACGCCAACGUCCCCUAGUGAUGCUGGAAGAGGCAACGCCAGUGGUAGUGGAAGACGACGACGCAGAGGCGGGGGUGGAGGCGGAGGCGGAGGCGGAGGUGGAGGNUUUCGAGAAUUUGAUUCAUAA